AUGAUACUGAACUAUGUUCCUUUGAAUGAAUUUGAGGUGUAUUGCAAGGAAAACUGGGACAUUCAGCCUGAGGCUGGGGGUAUGCCACUUGAGCCUCCCAUCUUUGACAGCCCAUUUGAUCUCAUCCAGGAUGCAGUCUACUUUAUUCCCAGUACCCAGGACUUGCAACCACAAAGUUCAGCCAUUGUGGGAGGCCAUGAGGCAAAUGGUGACCCCCUCUAUAUUGUACGUGCUCCAUAUGAGGGUGGUAUCUAUCCAGGGAAAGCAUCCCCCAAGGAGUCUGUAUACAUCAGCCAUGAUGGCAGAGAGAUAAAUAUCCAUGGUAAAUUUGAACGUCUUGUGGGAGAUCAGAGCUGUGUUCGCUGGGCUCAUGUUGAUGGUCGAUUCUAUUAUGGGAGGCUGGGUGGUGCUAUCCCUGUGCGUGGAGGGACAGAGCCACCUGGAGCAGCCCUUUACAUUGCCCAAGCAUCUGUUGAAGGAGGUGUUCAUUGUGGCAAAGUCAAAUUUGAUAGCUAUGCUGCCAUUCCAUUGAAUGGCUCUGAAAUAAUUGCAGAAAGCUACAAUGUUCUUGUAUUCUGUGAUUGA